AAAAAAAACAUCCAAAUUUCCAAUUUCAUCCAAAAUUCCCAUUAUUUAAACCGUCUUUGAUGUCUUUCAUCCUCUUCUAUUCUUGCUAAAAAAAGAACAAUACCAUGCCGUUCGACGUGAGCAAAAUGGAGGCCAAGCCUCAGCUGAACCAUGUCCAGGGCGCCUACGACUAUUCCCUCCAGGUAAUCAACCAAGCGCUCGUCUACAUGUGCUCGGCGACGGUGACCAUAAACGCGCAGAAAGACAAUAACAAUCCGAAAAGCAAGGAUCCUAAAUCGAAGGAGAAGGAACUAACCUUGACCCAAACGACACUGCUCUUCGAGGCGGUUUUGACAGAAUUUUCCCAACUCUCGAAGUUGUUGCAGUCCACCGCCUAUGCACUGAAAAAGUAGUACUCGUGGUACUAAUUGCAGUUGCAGACAUGCAUGACAAAUCGCCUUCUUUACCUAAAACAGCAUUACAAAUUUCAUCUGUCAUGCUGAGGAAAUUUGUAUAUGCAAUUUAUACUAGUACGAUGCUUUUGCAGUUCAUACCGCCCACAAGAAGUACGAUGGGCAGACGGCGACCAAUAUGGCUCACCAUGCGGCGAAGAAUGUCCGGGGUGAGACGCAGGCCAUGAAGAACCAGCGGGCGACCAAGUACGUGGAGUCCCAGCCGACAAGAUUAUGCAUUGCAAAACCAAAAGUGUCGUACUGUCGUACUCGCAUGACAAAUUUCCUCAGCAUUUUUAGGAACGGAAUUUGUAAUGCGGAUUUAACUUGACAAAGAAAUGUGUCAUGCAUAAAUGCGAUUAGUACAACGAUAGUUUUGCAAUGCAUGAAGGUUGGAGCACAACAACUUCUUCGAGCGAUCCGAUUUCUACCGCUACACCCGGAUCGUCGCGGUGCUGACGCUUGUUUCCGAAUUGGCCCGAAAAUGCACGAACAAGACCGCGAUCGGAAUCCGGGCGCUGGCGCGGGACCAACGGAUCUUAACCUGCGCGGAGGAAAUGCUGAAGUUGCGGGAAAGGUUGGUGUUGACCGGCGACGGCAGUCCGGAAGAGAUUUUGAACCUUUUGAAGCAGAAGGAAAAGUCCCAAAUUGCCAAGUUGAAGGUAGAAAUCGAUAAAGGGGUCGGGGAUAAGAUCAACGACGACCAGGCUACUGCACUCGGCAUGACCUUGAUCGGUCUCGGGCAGAUGCCAAAUUCCCUGAAGCAGUUCGGCGCACAGCAGGCGAAGAACGACCCAAGGGGGGGUACGCCGCCGCCAGAAGAGCCGAAGAGCGGUUCAAUCCCGGUCGAUGAACCUCUCAAGAUCAAUGUGGUUCUGCUCCUCGGUCCCCCGGCCAGUGGCAAGGGUAGUAUCACGCCACACAUCACUGACACGUUCGGGGAGAAAAACUGUUUCCACAUUUCCACCGGUGAUUUACUCCGGAACGCCGUCGCCGCGAAGACGGAGCUCGGUGCGGUUGCCGGGAAAUUGAUGCAGGAGGGAAAACUAGUACCGGACGAUUUGUGCACCAAUCUCGUGACCGACCACUUGCAGAAAAAGGUCUUGAGCGCCCCAGCUUUCCGCGGCAACAACGGCGGGAAACCGGUGUUUCUGAUCUUUGACGGCUACCCGCGGACCGCGAAUCAGGCGAAGUUAUUGUUGGAGAACUGCCUGAUUCCGAAUAACUUAUCCCGCGCGGCGUCGCUCCGUUCCUCAGCGGAAAAACAGACGAAUGUGCGAAACUUUGUUCUGACGUUGGAUGUGCCUGACAAAGUUCUGGAAGAGAGGAUCGCGGGCAGAUGGAUUCACAAAGAAUCGGGGCGGAGUUACCAUGUGAAAUUCAAACCCCCGCAGAGUUACUUCCGCGCUUGUCGGGAGGCGCAGAAGAGCGUGCCAGCGACGGCUGCGAACAUGUAUGGAUUUUUGUGUUUUCAUCUGAUUUAUGCAUCUGACAAAUUGAUACAGAUACGGAUGCCUCAUGUAGCCGCUUUCCACAUGACAAAAGUUUCGAUUUUUUUAAACUUCUCCUCUUCUAUCAGGCUCGACGAUAUCACAAAGGAGCCUCUGUACCAGCGCGCGGACGAUACCAUUGAGGCUCUCCAAACUCGGCUAAAAUCCUACCACGAAGUGACCAAAACCCCGAUUCUGGAUUACUACGGCUCCUUUCUCCACUGGGAGGUCCACCCCUCGAUCGACGCGAACCGGCCUGUCGUGGAGGUCCAACAGGAGGUGAUCGAGAUUUUGCAGGGAGAUUUUAAGGAGAACUCCUACGCGGCUUUCAAAAAUCGGAAGAAAGAGCUCGCGAGAGUGCAGUCCGCGACGUUUGACGCGCAGCCGAAGCAGGUGAUUCCCCCGGGGCGGGCGGCAGUGAAUCUCGGAAAAAUGAAGGCGGUGGUGCGGUUUUUGCAACUCGUAUCGAAAGAGAAAUUUGAUAUUUGACGUUGUCCCGUAGUACAACAUCAACACGAUCAACACGUAAGUACACGUGGUGCAAAUGGUGCGGUUUUCGUCCUCGCAUUUCUUGACAUCAAAAUUUAUGUCGCUGAAAUCUGCUCUGCAUGACAGACAAGCUAUGCUUCUAUGCCCUAAGUUGGAAGUUGUGGCGAAAGUUCUUGGGGUGCAAAUUUUGCUCGUAUUACGUGUGCGGGACAAGAUCAAGAAGAAGAUUUGUGUUGCAUAACUCACGAAGAAAAGCAAGGCGUCGCAGGACGAUCCGUUAGCGGAGGACGAUCCGCUUGCUGAGCCGGAGCCAUAUCAAAAUGAAAAAUCCCCCCUCCCUAUAUCAAAUUUGAAAUCUGUGAUGCAGGAUUUGCGUACACAAAUCCGCUCUGUCUUGCAGUGGAGGACUGCACGCAGAUGCCAAGCCUGAGCUGGGCCCUCUCGUUGUUGGCGCCUAGCAACGGCGAUUUAUCCUCUGCACGCCAUACAGCAUUACAAAUUGCCCGCAAAACCCGGCGGAGUCUGUGGCUUUCCUUCUUGCAAUACAGAGACGAUUUGUGUCCGCAAAUCAGCGUCGCAAAUUUGUAGAAGUAUGUCGCUUCAGAAGUAUGGGGAGAGGGGAUUUUUCCUUUUGAUAAGCCAGUUGUAUUCACCGAGGAAGAGCGCAAGGAGAGUGACAAGCUGGAGAUGUACAAAGACGAAACCAAGGAAGACCGAACUUUGCGCCACGCGGAGGAGGACCGCUUGCAGAUUCUUCGUGCGCAGGCGGAAAAACUGGGGUACUACCGAAAUUUUGUGAUUCCCCCGAAAACCGGGCAAACUUCCUUGCAGCGGUACGAGGAAGAGCAGAAGUUGCGCAAGUGGCUUCUGGAAAAUGCUCCGGCGAACUACAACUUCAAAAUCGACAAGCAGGCCAUGAGCAGUCUAGAGAGGCUCCAGGAGGCAAGGAGGUUGGAAGAGUUGAAGAAGUCACAGCGAAAAGCGAAUUUCACAAUCAACAAAGACCAACAAAUGUCGUCGCUCCGCCGGCUGGAAGAGCAGGAGAGAGAGCGGAAGGAACAGCUGGCGCAACGGCAGACGCCGAAUUUUUUACUGAGCAUGAAUAAGAACAAGAAGAACAGCAAUCCGAAUUCGGGGCUAACUUCGGAAGAGCAAGCGAUGUUGAAAAACAUCCGGUCGGCGCCGACGCCGGACAAGCAGCCUGGGUUAUGGGGUUCUCAACUGUUACAUUUUCAUUCAACUGUUACAUGAAUUUGUCAUGCAAAAACCCUAUCACUCUUCAUGCGAUCAAGCCUUCUCAGCAUGACAACUUCUCGACGCGCUAAAUAGGACUAGAAUCCGUCCCAAACCUGUAAUGCAGAAGGCGCAGUCUUCCUCCGAUCACUUUUGCAAUUUCUGCAUUACAAAUUCAUGGAACACUUCCUUGAGCAUGUAACACUUGAGAGCGCCAUAUUUGUUUUUCCUGACUUCGGGCACGAAUCCCCACGGGGUCGCGGCGAACGCAGAGUACAAGUCUGUAUGCAUUGCAAAAGCUAUCAUUCUAGUAUGAAUUGCAUCACAAAUUUCCUUAGCAUGAGAAAUAAAAUUUGUAAUGCGGGUCUACCUUGAGAACAAGAUUUGUAAUGCAUCAUGACUGCAAUUACUACAAGCGCGAUACAGCUUUUGCAGUGCAUAAUCGGCCAAGUACGACAAAACGAAGCAGUUCGUGAAGAACCCCAUCACCGGAGCCUGGGAAGCCCAAGCCUUGUCGUCGGCGGAGCAAAAAAUCGCAAGGGCGAGUGCCAGCACGAGCCAAGUCGUGGGGUCAAGCGCGCGGGGUGACUACAUCGACCCGAACGCGUCUUUGCGGGGGAAACGGGGACGGUAUGUCGAGAACCCCUUGACGGGGGAGUGGACGUUUGUGGAGGAAACUAUGCAUUGCAAAAGUAUCGUAAUCGUACUCGUAUAAGUGCAUUACGGCAUGUUGAGAAAUGAAAUUUGUCAUGCGGGUUUACCUUAAGAAAAAAAUUUGUAAUGCAUCACUGCAAUUACUACGAAUGCGAUACUUUUGCACAGGAUAGAAACGAUCCAGGAGCAACUGCUCAGAGAGGAAAGGGAGAAGCAGAUCUAUGAGCAGGAGCAGAAAUACGUCCAAAGCAUGCGGGAAGCCCACCCGUCGCGGAUCAUUCUAUGACAGUGCACAACCCCCCCUCCCCCUUAUUUGUCAUGCAAAACCCCAAACCCAAAUGCUCCCUUGUGGCACUGUUUGCAUCACAGAUUCCGCAAUCUUCCCAAAUAGUACUACACUAGGCGCAUGAGUUUGUCAUGCACAGGCUCCACGUGUGGUGCUGUUUGUAUUGCUGUUCAUGCAAUACAAAUGAGAAAGAGGGGGAGUUGUGCACUCUCAUACAUUCCCUCGAUCGUGCAGAAAUCUUUACCCAACUACAGCUACAUGAAUCAGUACGGCCGCACCAGUGCAGCCAUGAUGGCGGAUGCGCCGGCUGUAUCCACAAUAAAUUUGCCGUACGCGUACAAAUGCAGUUGCUGUAUGACAAAACUUGCCUUGAAUCCCAGUCAGCAUGACAAGUUUGACAGAGCUAGCGAAAUUUGUCAUGCACUUUGUACAUGUACGGGAAAUUUGUAUUGCAUAGUCUGGCGCGGUGGCCGACGAGGAGCCGCGGUUUGGGGGGGAUAACGAAGUAGAACCAGCAGUGGUUGAUCACGCGGCGGAGGAGAGCGAAGUGAAUAAGCAAUUUCAGGAACAAAACCACACGUUUGACGACAAAACAGUGAAAAGCACGUUACAAAAGCAACUCUCCUUCGGAAACGCCGCCCCUGCCUCUACCGCGCCGCAGGCCCAAAAGCCCCCCUCCGUGAACGAACCGCACGAACCCAUGUCGCUGACCAUCACCGGUUAUGCAUUGCAAAAAUGUCUGGAUCCGGAAGGGGACAAGUUUGCCAUGCACAUUUUCCAUGGUCCGCGACGUCUGUUAUGUAUGCCCUAGCAUCACAGAUUUUUUGAGCGCUUAUCGAUGCGCAUCCUGCAUGACAAAUGCCCGAUACGCGUAGCCAAAUUUGACUGCUCUUGCUGCUCAUGCAAUACAGAUUUUUUUUUUGAACCCAAAUGCAGCAUCACAAGUUGCACUGUUCCAGACCCAGACAUAUUUGCAAUGCAUACCGGCGGGGAGUACCCGAAUAAAGAGCAAGAGCGCCCCACGGAGCACGCGCACUACGGGGUAUCCACUGCAAAUAUAAUCUCUGGGUCUGGAAGGAUUUGCAAGGUUUGCCAUGCUUGUCCGGCAUGGCUGAAGAAUUUGUGAUGCGUGUCGAAGAAGAGACCCUUUUGCCUGUCAUGCAGCACGCAGUUUGUCGUGCGGAAAGUGCAACACUAAGCAGGAGCGCAAAUAUUUCUCAUGCUUGGCUGUGCAAUACAGAGAAUUCACUACUCAGAACUCAGCAUUACAAGUUUCCAGACCCAGACACUUUUGCAUUUGAUACGGGGUAGGGAGUCACCACUUCACUAAAGCGCACCCGAAUUUCGCGUAUCCUGAGGAAAAAACGUUACAGUUACACACUCUGAUGGAAGACAAGCAAGACAGAGGACCUCGUGCCAGCCUCAUUGUAUUCGUGUUUCCCCUUAUAGUCUGCGCAUCACAGCAGGUUUUCUUGGCCAUGUCGAGCAACUUUGUGAUGCAGAAACUCCAACAAAUGUGUAUACUGUAACACUUUUGUCCUGUGAUAUCGCGAGGCAAAUGUCGAAAGAGUUGAGCAAGCAAGCCGAAGCUGCGCCGACGAGCCAAGCUGGUUACCCUCAAUCGGGCGCAGGAGCUGGGCAGAACAAGAAAAAGGGAAAAUACGUGGAGAAAGACGGAAAGUGGGUUUUCCAACCGGAUGAGGGGAGCUUACUCCAGAGCUACACCGACUAUGCAUUGCAAAUGGCCGGGUCUGGAAACUUGUGAUGCAAGGAAGGGAAUAGUGAGCUCCCUGCAAUGCGCUGCCAAGCAUGACAAGGUUUUUGCAUGGUUCUGAGUUGCGUACUCCGCAUGAGAAACUGCGUUUUUGCAUGACAGGGAGUAGGAGCUCUUCGCGGCCACGCAAUACAGAGUUCAGGGUCAUGCCAGACUAGCAUGACAAGUCUCGGAAUCUUCCAAACCCAGACAUAUUUGCAGUUGAUACCGACAUGGUGGCCGCGCACGACGCGAAAAACGACAACACCAUCCAAACGGACAUUUUUGGGAAACCGAUUGCGCAGAAUAUGACCCGCUCAGGUGUUACAAUCUCAAACGUUUCAAUAGAGUCUGAGACUUGUCUUGCAUGAUGAGCAUGACAGACUCGCAGAGCGUUUCACUUUCUGCAAUACAAAUUUCGCCAGAUUGUAGUACAGUUUGGGGCUCCGGAACUUGUCAUGCGCAAUCCUAUGAGAGUUGGCUAGAUCAUGCACUCUUGCAUCACAUUCUAGUGCAACUUUCAGAUUGUAACAGCUAAGCGCGUUAUACAGAAAAAGGGAAAUUUCGUGGUCGACCCGAAGACGGGGAAGUGGAUGAAGCAGGAGAUGGAACCCAGUUUGAACGGCGUUACGCUCGUAUCAAAUGUAAAAGUGUCUGGGUCUGGGAACUUGUGAUGCUGGGUGGAGUCUCAUGAUGAGGCUACAAAUGCUGGCUCAGCAUGACAAGUUUCUGAGCUCCAGGGUGUUGCCUAUUCUGCAUGACAAACCGCGCUUCUGCAUCACAGAAAAGCGGAGCUCUUGGGCAACGUGCGUGACAGAUUUAAGAGUCAUGCCAGACAAGCAUGACAAACAUUAAUUCCUCCAGACCCAGACAUUUUUACAGUUGAUAGCUCGGUGGCGCCAAAGAAGCGGUGAAGACAGACCACGUCGUAUCAUUUGUAAAAACGUCCCCACCCCAGAGUCAGGAUGGGGAUUUUGCAACACAAACCUGAAAGUUUUGGAAGCCACGCAUGACAAGCUGAAGGCUGUAGUGUAAUGCCGUUUAGCAAGGGAAGCCGCAUAACAAAUCCAUCUCCUUAUCCUGUUCACAGCAUUACAAGUUCCAAAACACGAUGGGAAAUGCCUCUCAUGGCGAUGCGCAUUACAAAUCUUCCCGUGACUGCAAAUCUGCAUGACAGCUAUGGGGUGGGGACGUUUUUACGCAGGAUACGUCGCGAUGAUCGGGUCUGUUUGGGACCGGAAACAUUCCGACCUGCGCGACGCGUCGCUAUGCAAAUUGAAGCAUCGUACUGGUAUUGCAACCGUGCAUUACAAAUCCUUUUCUUAAAGGUAAAUCCGCACUACAAAUUAUAUUUCUCAUGCUGAGGGAAUUUGUAAUGCAUUUAUACGAGUACGAUACUUUUGCAAUUCCAUAACCGCACGUCUACACCGAUUCGAAAGCUUGGAUGAAGGAGCACCAAGAGAAGGAACUCUUGGCCGCAAAUAUCAACUGCAAAUACGUCUGGGUCUGGAAGAGUGGAGCGUUUGUCAUGCACAUUUUGCAUGACCCGUGAUGUUUGUGAUGCAUGACAUAGCAUCACAGACUUUUUACGGGCUUCUUGAUGCCUAUCCCGUUCCCGCAUGACAAAUGCCGUCUCCGCAUAAGUAGCAGCAACUGGAGUGGUCCUCUUGCUCUUCAAGCUAUACAAAUUUUUUUAGAAUCCAAAGUUAGCAUCACAGCUUGCAAUUUUCCAGUGACCCAGACUACAUAUUUACAAUGCAUAGCAAAACGCGCGGAGCAAAUGUACGGAAAGGCGGACCACGUUUUUGAUAAAAAGGGCCACUACAUCCACAGCGGCCUGUUUCAGGGCACCGCGAAAGCGCCGAUGUCCAAAGGCGAAGUAUUACAAUGAAAAAUGCCUCCACCCCCGAACUUGCGUCGAGCAUUUGUAUUGCAAACCUUUCCAAAUGAAGCACUCGCAUUCUUGCAUCUAUCAGCAUCACAGAUUUCCGAUCGUGAAUAGCAAAAAUUUGCAUUGCAAAAGAUCCCAGCGAGAACGGCGCUUGUCAUGCAAGCGAUGCGAUAUACGCCUAGGCUCUGGCGCAUCAGAGACAUUCAUAAAGUUUUCAUUUGGAAAUUUCGCAUCAAAAAGCUGGGGGGGGCAUGUCGCACUGCUAUACGAAGCGGUGUUACUUCUCGCCGGGAGUAUCAACAAAAGCAAAACGAGUCAGAUUGAGAGCCAAGUCGUGCCGAUGAGUGCAGCGGGAGCUGCACCAGGUGUUCCAACGUCCAAGUCCCCGCCUUCACAGGCCGCACCGCCCUCAAAACACACGGACAUUGACUACAGUCACGACCCGCACACCCGCGCGUCUGCCGCACUGCACGAACCGAACGCCAGACAUCAUGGGAGCAUAUGCACUGCAAACGUAUCGUACUCGUACUUCUAAUCGCAGUCAUGCAUUACAAAUCUAGUAAUCAAGGGAAAUCCGCAUUACAAAUUACAUUUGUAAUGCUGAGGCAAUUUCUUGUAAUGCAAUUUAUACUAGUACAAGUACGAUACUUUUGCAGUUCAUAGAGCAAGCAUUCGCACCACAGCUUGGUGGACAACAACGGGCAGCAGCAGAAUAACAGCGCAGCAGGAGCUCCUGGUGCUGUUCUACCUACCAGCGGCCUUGCGGGCGAGUCUACUGUGGAAGCGGUGCCGAAACCAUUUGACGCGAAGGCGCAGAUAGCGUAUCACGACGAUGAGCAAACGGGGAAGCACAUUCCGGACUUCAUUCCGACAAAAUCUUUACAAAAAAUCCCGGAUAUUCCGGCGGUGCCAACGGUGGCGUGUGAGGAAAAUGACUUCAACAAACCGAAUUAUCAAAUGCAAAUAUCUCUGGGUCUGGAAGGUUACAACUUGUGAUGCUGUCUCUGGAUUCGAAAAAAGUUUGUAUUGCAUGACCAGCAAGAAGAGUCCAGUUUAGGCUACGCGGAGAGGGCAUGAUUUCUCAUGCAGAAUAGGCAUGAGGGACCCCUCUACAGAUCUGUCAUGCUACGCCAUGCAUUACAGGCAUCAGAAGUCAUGCAAAGUAUGCAUGACAAACCUGACACUCUUCCAGACCCAGACAUUUUUGCAAUGCACACGAACGGCAUGCUCACCAUGCACAGCGAGAACGGCCCGACCUCCAAGAAGGGGUCGACAGACCGGCUGUUGAAUAUCGCAGCGCUCGCGGCUGGCGAAGGGCUGGAGAAAAACGAAACGUCGGUGAGGUCGGUUAUGGAUGAAUGUGUGAUAGUACUUGUUGUCUUUCUAUUCUGUAGCUAUUUUGAUUUCCCCUUGAAUGAGUUGCAGGUCUCCUUUGUCAUGCCUAAAUUUUUGCAUAGGAGAGCUGUAAAAGUCAUGCUUGAUGUAGCUAGUGUUGCAUGUGUAUGAUCCUUACGCAAGAACAGGACAAACAAGACUUGUAUUGAAGAGACCGAAUGUGAAUGAAAACACCAAGUUGCGUCACACGCCUUGAUACCCCGUCUUCCCGAACCGACGUCAAGUAUUUCUGAGCCGGACAUUGUGGACGCCAUCAUGAUAUCAAAAGUAAAAAUGUCUGGGUCUGGAAACUUGUGAUGCUGGGUGGCGUCUCAUGAUGAGGCUACAAAUCCUGGCUCAGCAUGACAAAUUUCUGAGCUCCUAGGUGUUGCCUAUUCUGCAUGACAAACUGUGCUUCUGCAUCACAGAAAAACGGAGCUCUUGGGUAACGUGCAUGACAGAUUUAAGAGUCAUGCCAGACAAGCAUGACAAACAUGAAUUCUUCCAGACCCAGGUAUUUUUACAGUUGAUACAUGAACAUUCAGAUCGAGCCACCAAAGCAACAAGAAAUGCUUCACAACUUGUUGCUGUAGAGGAUAAGUGGUAAACUAGGUGCAGCUCCUGUUCAGGGUCAUCAAACAGGGCGCACUACGCACUACGGGCGUCGAGAGAGCCGCAGGAGGCGAAUGAGUGCGGCGAAAUGAAAUUUUUUCUACGUAUCUGGAAGAUUUGACAACAUUGAGAUUCUAACACUAGACUUACAUUCAUUUGUAUGAUUCCUUUUGAUCACCUUGUUUUAUGUUUUACGUUUUUCAGAAUCAGACGACCGCUUCAUUUGAAAUGAAGCGGUACUAUUAGCCCUUUGUUCUUGACCAACGUUUUUAUUUAUUUUACAAAUUUACAACCUCAUCAGUAAGUGCGGCCCUUUUACCGCAAAAUUUUGCACAGCCGUUGCGCAGCACAAAUUGCGUGCGCAGCGAGCUAGUUUUCUUUUCUUUGAUAUUUCGGACGACACGAUAGUUGAAAAGCGACGACGCACACGCAAGUGAAGAAGUUGUGCACAACUCGGGGUUUAUUCGAACCCUUUUUCUUUGUAACCUAACAUUUUUCUAGUUCACGAUUACACAGUUUACAUUUUUAUGGCUUUCCUUUAUACAACAUUCAAUUCCUGUAUUUCGGAUUCUCUUCGAGGCCUCCAAAGCCAAAGUAUCUGAAUUUUAAACUACUCUACUGAAGAAGUUGUGCUCCCGAAAUAAACGAAAAACUAACGAUUUACUUGGUGCGAUAGAAACGACUAGGCCGAAGCUCCUGCUACCAGGUGCUGGGUAUUUCAUGUUACGAUCGCAGGAUAGAAGCGCUGCGCUUGGGCUCGACGUCGCUCAUAGGUAAGGAUAAACGAAUCGCGUAAACAACUAAACACCCGCAUUGUACCUCUUAGCAUGCUCUCGCAGUACAAGUACUACCUGUUACGCGUCUUGUGUGAAGGAGAGAGCUCAAGCAAGUAGCACAAGCCAGUGUCGGUUCUUCUCGCGCCAGAAAAACCUAUUUUGCGCAUGUAAACAAAAACGCGAUGAAAAUUGUAGUUGUGAAAAAAAUCUAAAGCACGGCCGUCGAAGGCAACGAACCCGACCACAUUGCUAGAUGAUGUCGCCGCCGAACAAGGAAAACAGUGUUCUCGUGUUGCUGCAGAAAAGAGAUAGCGUUGCAUCUCCUGCAAAAA